GGGCUGAGCUUCCAUUUGGCUGCUGUGCUGUUGUCACUCGGCUUCAUCACUUACAUUGAACAUGUUCUCAGAAAGAGGUUGUCUAUCAUCUUCGAUGCCUGCAUACUCUCCAAGAAGUGCCAGCCAGGAUGUUCACAUCGCCACAGCACGAAUCUCGGGGUUCGUCUCCUCAACCUGCUUUUUGGGGCUCUUGCCAUCUUCCACUUGGCCUACCUAGGCUCAUUGUUUGACAUGGAUGCAGAUGACUCUGUGGAAGAACAGGGCUAUGGCAUGUCUUACACCAUCCACAAAUGGUCUGAACUGAGCUGGGCCAGCCACUGGGUGACCUUCGGGUGCUGGGUCUUCUACCGCCUCAUCAGCUGAAGCAGGACCUGCAUGUGGACUUGAGGAGAUGGAGCAGGGAAUGGGUGGAGAGGCAGAACUGAGGGCCUCCUCACCUUCAAGAACAUUGGAUGCCCACCAUCGCCUUGAGUGCCCUGGACGCUGACUGAUUACUUUUUCUUCUGGGAUGCUGAUGGAGGGAAGGGGCUCCCCAGCAGUUCAGUUGUGCCCCAUACUGUGGGCAUGUCCUGAUCCACUUUGCCCUGAGGGGGGAGGAACAUGCAGUACAACAUCCCAUGGUUGAGAGCCAAGAUAGUCUCCGGAAUACCUAUAAAAAAACCUCUUCUUCCUUUUCCCACAUGGUCUGGACUGCAGCAUUCAUAAUACUCUUCCAUUGGCUGCCUGGGGCUUGUGGGAGGUGUUAUCCAGAGGGCACCAGAUUGCCAGUUCAGAUCUUGUACAGUAACAAUACCUCUGUCCCUGGCUCUCUGAGAAAUAGCCGGCUCCUGCCAGGUCCUUUUUAGUGCUCCCUCUAGUGGCCAUUUGAAGGACCUGCACCAGCUUUCCCCUCCCCUCUGAAUGAUUUUUAUUGCCUCACUCAGUGCAUGUUUUGCCUCUUUUUGCUCUCUUGUGGCUGCAGGUGGGAGCUGCACCCACUGCUCCCGCGGUACCCCUUAUUCCUCCUUAUGGGGUUCUGUCUUUUCUGUAAAGUCUGAUGAUUAGCCGACGGGAAUCACGAUUCUUUAAACUGCAUUGAAGAUCCAGUUGAUUAUCUUUAAAAGUAGGGCAGUUUGUGUAGAUGUAGUAGCUUUUUCUGUUUUGCUUCUAAAGCCCUUGGAUUUUUCAGACAAUCAUAGCAGAAGUGUUGUUGAGGCCAUGGAGAAGAGGGCUGGAAAGACUGGGAAGGGGGCAAGCAAUUCUAAAUGGGCUGAACCUUCUGAAAUUUUCACGAUCAGAAUCUAUGGAAUUCCUGUUCAUUCCAAUUCUUUUCCACUAUGAUAUGGACCAGAAACUGGUGGCAUUUUCUUAAUCGGAGUGUAGCUGCUCAGGAUACUUAAUUCAGUGCCAAAUUCUGCGCAGAAGCGUAAACUACACCAGUUGUAGCAUACAAUUAUUUUGGAUUGAUUAAUCUGGAAUAAUCCUUGCUCCAUGGUUCCAUGCAUAUAUCGUGGAUAAAGCUCCCACUAGGUGUUUUUAAAACAAAGAGGGCAGGGAGAGGAGAACCAUUGUGCCUUCUUGCCAUAUGUUACCUUCCCUUCUUUGUGAAUAGAUCAAAAGGUUAUUUGAGUGGGUUGGGGUCCCCCCAUCUCUGUCAUGCAGUUACAAGCUAAGGAUUGCAUUGUUUCCUCUUUCACUAACGCACCAAUAAUCCCGUGGCAGGAUCUGCCCUGAAACGCAUAUGAGCUGUUUAGGUGAUACACUUCCUGUUAGAAAUACCACCCAUCAUUGCAGCAAAGCAUUAGCCUUUCACCUGCUUUUGUCAAGAGGAGGCAAGAUCAAGACUGGGAACAAUAGGAUCAGAACAUUCAACAUGGUCAGUGCCUAAUAAUGGAAAGUUGGAACAUUGGAACAAUUCUCUAACUCACUUCUCCUGGAAAGGAAAGCUAAAUACAGACAAGCCUUUAAUGUGGUACUAUGGAAUUCACUUAUCCCAGUUUGCAGGCCCAGCAGAAGGAGGAGGUAGAAGGCACUGGACCAUUCCAGGGGUGAGGAAAGGGGUCCUUUUUGAAAAUGCCACUCUUCUUUUUUAAGCUGCGUGUACUUUUUAAAACCUGCAAAUAGCAAUGAGCCCAGGGGGGAAUAAGCUGUACUUUUAAAGUGGUGGGGUACACGUCCAAUGCAACCUGGAGCAGUGCAAUUUCUUCUUCUACCUCAUGGGGCAUCGAUAAGGCAGAUCUAGCCUGCAGAACGAGCGGGUGGAGAUAGGUUUCUGGUGCUGCGUGAUUUCGGAUGGCUUAGGAAGGCUUGAUGCUGACCAGCCAGAUGGAGAAGACGUGCUACAGAAGGCGCCACGUGGAGUUUUCUCCAGUUUAAAAAGUAAUUAUUGAGUUUUUGUAUGUUUGGAGGGCCGUGUUCUGGAGGUCUUGUAGAGUCACCAGCAGAAUGAGUUCAGAUAGGACAGGUGAGACACUUAAGGCAUCUGACUCAUUACUGGGCAACAAUAUAUGUUCUGGCAUAUUGAAAGUAAAGAGUUUCGUGAGAAGCUGACUAUCAACUUUUCCCUAAUGUGCUAGUUUAUUAUGUGCGUUGCCAUUUUUAAAGGGGGGGGGUUAGAAUGAAAACAACUGAUCCACACACCACCUACAAAUGGAAGUAUUAGUUUUUCCUCCCUAUCCGGAUGUCCCCCAGAAGCAUUGGACUAAAGAUCUCCUCCCACAACAUUAAUCUCCUGGCCGAAAUACAAUACAACAAUAGGGAAGCUUGUAUUGUGGUCUGGGUUUAGACCAUCUUCCUCUUUCCUUUCUCUUUACCUUACUCUUUUUCCUUGCCUUUGUAAGGGAGCAGAGUAAAUUUGCAACCAGAUGCAAAAAAAAAAAAAAAAGUCCAAGAGAACAUUUCAGCAGAUCAUGCUUGUUUUGUGUGACAUUAAAUAUCGGUUCAUGUUGAGCCUCUCUCUUCCAUCCAGCUGCCAGAAGCCCUGGAUCCAGAUUCCUUGUAGCUUUUGUUUAUCUGCUAAUUCUCCUUUGGUUUUGGAGGAAUCAAGACUGUGGAAAUAUCAUCUAGCUCCAUUCCAAGUCUCCCCAUGGACUAAAGUAUGACACUGUUAAAUCCCAGGAUAUAUCUUCUGCCCCUUGCCUUGGUGAGGUAGAAGAUGCCAUGUACCGUAUGUAGAGUAUAAAAAAAGGGUGUUCUUUUUAAAAUGCCUUUGAUUUGUUUAUGAAAUAAAUAUUCUGUGG